AUGGCGCGUACCAAGCAAACAGCCAGACGUGGUAAAAAUAAAAAAAAUAAACAAAAUGUUAGUGCUGAUGAUAUUAUUCAAGAAAAUAAAAGUAAAGAAGAAAUUAAAAGUAAGGAAGAAAAUGAAAGUAAGGAAGAAAUUAAAAUUAAGGAAGAAAUUAAAAUCAAGGAAGAAAUUAAAAUUAAGGAAGAAAUUAAAAUUAAGGAAGAAAUUAAUACGGAUGAAAAAAUAGUGGCUUCAAUAGACGAACAUGUUCAACCUAUUAAUACUCAACAGUAUGACUCAAGAACCGCAGUUUAA